GAUCAUCACGACAACAAUGGCGUCCGUCGGCGACAAAGAAGUCUCGCCAGAACCCAACGGCGCCUCGCCAUCCACCAACGAGACCAUCAACGAAGUCGACAUAAUCUGGCACAACAUGUAUGCACCCAGCACAUUUUCCACCUGGCGUAAGACCUCUAGUCGCUCCAUCGCAGAGCUAUUAGUCGACUUUGCGAAACUGGUGGAUGAUGGUAUUGUCAGUGUGAUUAGUUUGAAUGUUAGUAAGGCUUCUUUUGUAGCUGUUGUGGGAUGUGAGAGAGAUUGGGAUGGAGUCAAGGAUUUGAUAUUUGGGGCAACAAGAUGA